CAUGGGCCGUAUUUUGGCAUUGUUUUUAUUGAUGUGUGUGGGCGAUGUAAUAGGGAACGCAAAAAUAAGCUCAGAAAACAUCACACGCAUUCUGGAUCGGCUUCUUGAGGGUUACGAUAACCGGCUGCGUCCUGGAUCAGGAGUGUCAGUCACUGAAGUCAAAACAGACAUAUUUGUGACCAGCUUUGGGCCAGUGUCAGAUGUUGAAAUGGAGUUCACCAUGGACAUGUUUUUCCGUCAAAUGUGGGUGGACGAGAGGUUGGCGUUCGAGGGCCCCAUUGAAAUCCUGCGCUUGAACAACCGCAUGGUGGACAAGAUCUGGACGCCUGACACCUUUUUCCGCAACGCAAAGAAAUCUCUGGCACACAACACAACCUCACCCAACAAGAUGUUCCGCAUCAUGCAGAACGGCACCGUGCUCUACACCAUGAGACUGACUGUAAGUGCAGAAUGCCCCAUGAAGCUGAUGGACUUCCCCAUGGAUGGCCAUAUUUGUCCUCUGCGGUUUGGAAGCUAUGCCUACACAAACCGUGAGAUCAUUUACACAUGGAGGAAGGGCCUGGAGGAGUCAGUGGACAUCCCCCCUGAGUCCUCCAAUUUACUGCAGUAUGAUCUAAUCGGAAAGACGCUGUCCAGUGAAACACUGAAGAUCAGCACAGGCCAUUACUCCGUCAAGCUCGUUCAUUUCAUCCUCCAGAGGAAGCUGGGCUAUCAUCUGAUCCAGACCUACAUCCCCCUCAUCAUGGUGGUUGUGCUGUCCCAAGUGGCCUUCUGGAUCAACAAGGAGUCGGUUCCAGCUCGCACUGUGGCUGGAGUCACCACCGUUCUGACCAUGACCACUCUGAGCAUCAGCGCCCGCUCUUCCCUGCCCAAGGUGGCCUACGCCACGGCCAUGGAUUGGUUCAUCGCCGUCUGCUUCGCCUUUGUGGCCUCCGCUCUGGUGGAGUUUGCUGCAGUUAACUACUUUGCCACACUGGAGGCCAACAGAAUGAGACGCAGACUCUCCAGAGGGUCCGUGCUGGAGUCCAUAGCCGAGGGCAGUGAUGAUGAAGACGAAUCGACGGUGUCUGACCCCAGCGUUGGAGGUCGGGUGAGGAAGAGGAUGGGCUCAAUCUCCGAAGCCCCCAAAACCCGUCUGCCCAUCUUCCUCCAGCAGGGCUCAGCCAUCCCACCCAAUGUGACGCUGGCCGGCCUCAGCCCCAUUGACAAGUACGCCCGCAUCCUCUUCCCACUGGCCUUUGCUGUUUUCAACAUCAUCUACUGGUUUAUCUACCUCAGCAAGGACACCAUAGAGCAAGCCAGGUCCAUAUGCGCCUCUUUUUCCGUCCGUUUGGCUCUGUCGUUCAGGCCCGUGUCCCUCACUGCUAUCUACUCUGACUAA